AUGCAGUCUUACCCAACACCAGGGUCCGGUGCCUAUAUGAGCGUGCCUCAUCACCAGCAGCCAGUGCCACUAUUGGAUCCUCCGGAAAAUGCACAGGGUACUUCGUCUAGUUACGCAUAUAUGCACAAUGCGCCUGAACAGCGCGUCUCGAUGGCAGGCACGGACAAGUAUAAUGACGAACCUGUGGUAGACGAGUCGGCUAUUUUCGAUCAAGGUGACAGCACGCGGAAUAGUGGAUCGAUGUAUACGCGGUUAGGUUUGCCUCAUCGUCGCGGUAUUUGGCAGCCGGAAGACCUGCGUGCGUUUGAAAACCAAUCCACGUUGAUGAAGAUUGUCCGUAUUUUCUUGUUUAUCAUUGUGUUUGGCAUUCUUUUGACGAUCUGCAUUCUUAUUCUUUUGUUCAUUUUUCUCCGUCCCCCGAACAUUGGCCUCGAUAACAUCUCCCCACAACCUGAGAACUUGUCUAUUAAUGGCAACACAUUCCAGUUCGAUGCGAAUAUCUCAGUGGUGGUGUCCAACCCGAACUCGGUGUCUGCCGACAUAAAAAACAUUUCCGCACUGGCCUACGAUGAUAGCGUACGGACAACAUCCAUUGGAUCUUGCAGCAAGGUGAACCAGAAGAUUCUCGCAAAUGACAACACAACUGUGGAACUCCCCUGCAUGAUUAAUUACGACCUGUCGAAGGAUCCUAACUUGAGCAUCAUUAAAAAUGUGGCAAACCGUUGCUUCAAUACGAAUGAAGAUCUAAAAAUUGCCCUACAAGUUCAUCUGGACGUGCAACUGUUUUCUUUCACCGUGCCUAUUAAUGUGAACCCCACGGUAAGCAUGAAAUGUCCUGUUAGCAAACAGCAAGUGGAAGAUAUUAUCGGCAAGGAUAACAUUGGUAGCUUGGGUAUCAAUUUGGGGCAGCGGUCAUUGGACGACAAGGCAGGAGCAUCAAUAUCCCAUGCACUUCGCCGGCUGAUAUCGUACCCCAUGGAUGCGGAUAUUGAUGGAGCUAGAGAUAUUCUGUAA